AUAUGAGAAGAUCUCUUUCUUUCUCUCUCUCUCUCUCACAAGUCUCAAUUCAAACUCUCACCUCGUUGCCCCAAAGACCAGGACUUGGCCCGUAUUCCUCUCGCUUCUUCUCUCUUAUAUCUAUUUCCAGGUUACGGAAAGAACACAUUAGAGAUAAUCGGGUUUGAGUAGGAUUUAAUUUCUACCUAUAUUGUGUUUCAAGAGGCUUCGCACAUGCUAGGUCUCAGCAGAAACAGAACCCAGCCACGGACCAGUAGAUCUUGGUCAUUUUCAGGAAUGGAUUAUGCCGACUCAAAACGGAAGAGCAAUUUUGUUGGAAAAAUUCUUUUAGCUGCUAGUCUGACAGCUAUGUGCAUUAUUAUGCUCAAGCAUUCACCUGGUUUUAAUAGCCCAAGCGCAUUUUCCCGCCAUGAAGCAGGUGUAACACAUGUUCUAUUAACUGGAGGAGCUGGCUAUAUAGGUUCACAUGCUGCAUUUCGACUUUUGAAGGAUUCAUACCGUGUAACGAUAGUGGACAAUCUCUCCCGGGGAAAUCUUGGGGCUAUUAAGGUUCUUCAGGAGCAAUUUCCAGAACCAGGGCGACUUCAGUUCAUAUAUGCUGAUUUGGGGGAUGCAAAAGCUGUGAACAAAAUAUUUGCAGAAAAUGCAUUUGAUGCUGUGAUGCAUUUUGCAGCCGUUGCUUAUGUUGGGGAAAGCACACUUGAGCCUCUCAGAUAUUAUCAUAAUAUCACAUCAAAUACCUUGGGAGUAUUAGAGGCAAUGGCUGCUCAUGGUGUUAAGACAUUAAUCUAUUCUAGUACGUGUGCAACAUAUGGAGAGCCUGAUAAGAUGCCCAUUACUGAGGCAACACCUCAGGUCCCCAUUAACCCAUAUGGAAAAGCCAAGAAGAUGGCUGAGGAUAUUAUCCUUGACUUCUCGAAGAAUUCAGACAUGGCAGUCAUGAUAUUGAGAUAUUUCAAUGUCAUUGGUUCAGACCCAGAAGGAAGGUUAGGAGAAGCUCCCAGACCCGAAUUGCGUGAGCAUGGCCGGAUAUCAGCGGCUUGUUUUGAUGCUGCAUUGGGAAUCAUUCCUGGGCUAAAGGUUAAAGGAACAGACUAUAAAACACCUGAUGGGACAUGCAUUAGAGACUACAUUGAUGUGACAGAUCUGGUUGAUGCUCAUGUCAAAGCUCUUGCCAAAGCCACACCUGGGAUAGUUGGCAUCUAUAAUGUUGGCACAGGAAAAGGUAGAUCGGUUAAGGAAUUUGUGGAUGCAUGUAAGAAGGCCACAGGGGUGGACAUCAAAGUCGAUUAUCUUACCGAUCGUCGACCUGGUGAUUAUGCUGAAGUGUAUAGCAAUCCAUCAAAGAUCAAUCUUGAGCUAAACUGGACUGCCCAAUACACGGAUCUUCAAGAGAGUUUGCAGAUUGCGUGGAGAUGGCAACAGAAACACCGAAAUGGCUAUGGACCGCCCUUGGCUAUGGAUUCUUAGAUACAUCACAGCUCGUUGUAUCACUGGAGUAGAAUAGAUGUGGCUGUCAUGGAGUGGAGUUCAGACCGAGUGCCGACAUCUAUGUUUUUUACCUGAAAAAGAGUAGUUUGAUUUUGAUGCAGCUUAAGGUUAGCAAUUCAGGGGAAGGGUGAUGGGUUAUUGGUAUUUAUUUUGAGGGGAGAGAUGGUAUAGCAGCAGCAGCCCAUUUGUUAUUUUUAUAUGAACAUAGAAAAGCUCAAUAAUAAUACAUCCUGGAGGUAUAGCUUCUUACUAA